AAUGACUGUUUGGGAAAAAGUACGGAAUCCUUGUGGUCUGCGUGGUGGAUCGACGCAAGUUUCGUUGGACGCGGUUAUACCGAUAUUCGCGAUCCCGGCGCUCGCCGUCCUAGCCGCCCAAGCAGUGUAUUUGACAUUUCUCGUGUUUCUAUUAACCCCUGUGCUCGUUUACCACCUUCAUCAUAAUUUCUUGAGAUUUUUGCCGCGUUCAAAGUUUUUUUUAAUGUGGACGAUCACGAGUGUCGUUAUGCUCGGUCUUAUGUUCGAAUUCAGCGUUGUUCCACUGUUGGAAAUAUUACCAGAGGAAAAUGUUAUUUUCGUCGCGAGUGUCGUUGGUGGCAUGUUGUGUGGCUACAAAACUCGUGUCACUGCCGAUUGCGUUACGCAGGAAGACGUCAGCCCUACUAAGGGCCUUGAACUCGGCGAAGGCAGUGGUGAACUUUGCACAACCUGCCGAAGACGAACCCCUCCCAAAGGUUAUCACUGUCGCACUUGUCAAACUUGUAUCCUUGGCAGAGAAUAUCACUGUCGAUGGCUCGAUUGCUGCAUCGGCUCGAGCAACCUCAGAUGGUAUCUGGGCUGUUUAUUCUCCUCUGCAAUAGCGUUUAUUUACGGUUCCAAUCUCACAAUGACCAGUGUAUGUCACCCUUUCAUACUCAUAGGAACUGUACUCUUGCCAGACAAUUGCAGCGAUGUUUAUCACCAAUUGGAUCUGGCGCUCUGUUUCGUUUCGGCAGUGUAUAGUCUUUUGAUCGGUCUAGUCGUACUGUGUUAUCUAAUCUAUCAUUUAUGGCUGCUCUAUUUGGGAACAACGUCAAACGAGAGGCGUUUGUCAGGAAACGGUGGCCAAUCGACUUACGGAAUGCUCAAGAAUAUUUCUCAAUUAUUUUGCUGCAAAACUUAAGAGAGUUGGAAAAAGGCCAAGAAUUUCGAGAUUAAUUCUUUCAUCAAGACUGGUUUUGAACUUUUUUCCUUCUUCUCCGGAGGUUCAAAAAUCCCUUUUUUUUACACAUCCCUCCGACUCGAAAAAUUCUCGACAUAUUUAUUGCAGUGAAAUAUUUUCUCAAAACUUUCGUUUUGAACGAAUCACCCGAUAUCUAUUUCGAGCAAUUAACGAAGAAUUAUUUAUUAUUUAUUGAAAAAUUACGAAUUUUUCAAAGCUUUGUUUAACAACGAACAAAAAAAUCUUUAUUUCCAAUCUUUUAAAUUGGAUUUUUGACUAAACGAAAGUUUUAAUGGAAAGCAUAAUAGGGACUGCAAAAAUCCGUGCAUAAAUACGUUUGAAUCAGCUCCGAAUUCAUUUCCACCUGCUCAACUAGCAAUGUAUUAUUUAAUUUAUAUUAAUCUAUGAUUGUUCAUAACGGAUUUGAAUUCCUGAGUGUUCCUCGCGUCCGAAAUGGUGAAGGAACACACAAAAAACGAAAUGAAAGCUUUUUACACUUUUUCUUCUCGUGCACAAAGUAUAUUUAUAUUGAUUGUAACUGUGAUAAAAGGAAAACAAAAAAAUACGAAAAAGUAACGGCCAAGCUAGAGGAAUCGAUUUCACAAUCACGAUUCAAAAACGAGACUGCGUGAUUCAACGAUUGAAAUAACGAAAGAAUUAUUGUAGCGUUCUUGUACCACCGAAAAUUAUACUUACUCUACGUGAAUCUUCUAAAUGUUAAUUUUCUUUAGUAAAACGAAAGAAACCGUGACUUAACUGUAAAGCAAGGUGUUUUUAAAAAACCUUUCAAUUCAGUUUCGAUUCUGAUCGAAUAUUGAAUGAAAAUAAUUUUUUUUUGGGUUUGACCUACUGUACCGAGAUGUUGUAAAUAUAAAACGAAUUUCUCGAUCGUCCGUAAA